AAAAUCUCAACUUCAACCAAAAACCCCAAAGGCGCUAACUUUUUCUUUUAUCUUUCUUCUUCACUCACUCUUCUCCUUCACCACCAUCAAUCACAAUCCCUAAUUCGGAUAAUAUCAUCAUCUCCUCCAAAAAUGGACGGAGCACUCUUCCCUCACAAACCUCCAUACCCAAUUCAAUCCAAAAGAUCUCCACCACCUCAAUCCACAAACCAAUCUAUCAAAUUCAGCUCCGCUACACUUCACUUACCUCCUCCUUCUCCUCCUUCUUUCCCUCUCGAUUCUCUUCUUCACCAUCUCGUUCACCUCUCUUCCACGCCUCCACGACAUGCCGCUGCUCGUUUCCCUUCUCUCCAAGUCUCCACUGAUUCAUCAUCGGCGAAACCCAUGUCACGUUCUGUUCUGGGUGUUGAAAUUGAGAACGAGAGAGAUGGGUCUUUGAAGCUACUGUGUAAGAAAGAAGUUGUCUUGGUUAAUUCCAUUGUUGAACAGCCUUUGACUGGUUUGAGUAGGUUUUUCGAUUCUGUGAAAUCGGAAUUGCUUAGAACUGAUUUGGUUAGUUUGGUUAAGAGUCUGGAUGAUUCUGGGCAUUGGGAAAGAGCUGUUUUUUUGUUUGAAUGGUUAGUUUUGUCUUCAAAUUCUGGAGCUUUGAAGCUAGAUCAUCAAGUAAUCGAAAUCUUAGUUAGGAUUUUAGGUAGAGAAUCUCAGUACUCUGUUGCAGCUAAGUUGCUCGAUAAAAUUCCUCUACAAGAUUAUAUGCUCGAUGUUCGUGCUUACACGACGAUCUUACAUGCGUAUUCACGGACAGGGAAGUAUGAAAAGGCUAUCGAUUUGUUUGAGAGGAUGAAAGAGAUGGGUCCUUCACCUACUUUAGUGACUUACAAUGUGAUUCUCGAUGUUUUCGGGAAAAUGGGUCGAUCUUGGAGGAAAAUUCUAGGGGUUUUAGAUGAAAUGAGAAGUAAAGGAUUGAAGUUUGAUGAGUUUACUUGUAGCACUGUGCUAUCUGCUUGUGCGAGAGAAGGUUUGUUAAGAGAGGCGAAGGACUUUUUCGCUGAACUUAAGUCAUGCGGCUAUGAACCUGGAACUGUAACUUACAAUGCUUUGUUGCAAGUUUUUGGUAAAGCAGGAGUUUAUACAGAAGCGUUAAGUGUUUUGAAAGAGAUGGAGGAAAACAACUGCCCAGCUGAUUCUGUGACAUACAAUGAGCUUGUUGCCGCUUAUGUUAGAGCCGGUUUUAGCAAGGAAGCUGCUGGUGUCAUUGAGAUGAUGGCGCAAAAGGGUGUAAUGCCGAACGCAAUCACUUAUACUACAGUGAUAGAUGCAUAUGGAAAGGCGGGAAAAGAGGACGAGGCUUUGAAGCUGUUUUAUAGUAUGAAAGAAGCUGGUUGUGUUCCGAAUACUUGCACCUACAAUGCAGUGCUUAGUAUGUUAGGGAAAAAGUCGAGAUCCAAUGAAAUGAUAAAGAUGUUAUGUGAUAUGAAGUCCAAUGGGUGUUCCCCUAAUCGGGCCACUUGGAACACAAUGCUUGCUCUGUGUGGGAAUAAAGGUAUGGAUAAGUUUGUGAACAGGGUGUUCCGUGAAAUGAAGAGCUGCGGAUUUGAACCUGAUAGGGACACAUUCAACACGCUGAUUAGUGCUUAUGGGCGAUGUGGUUCAGAGGUUGAUGCAUCAAAAAUGUAUGGUGAGAUGACAAGAGCAGGGUUCAACGCUUGUGUUACAACUUACAACGCUUUACUUAAUGCCUUGGCUAGAAAAGGAGAUUGGAGAUCGGGCGAGAAUGUGAUUUCCGACAUGAAAAGUAAAGGUUUCAAACCCACUGAAACAUCUUAUUCCUUGAUGCUUCAGUGUUAUGCUAAAGGAGGGAACUAUCUAGGAAUAGAGAGAAUCGAGGAGGGGAUAAACGAGGGCCAAAUAUUCCCGAGCUGGAUGCUUUUGAGAACACUACUUCUCGCAAACUUCAAAUGCCGAGCACUAGCGGGAUCAGAGAGAGUAUUCACGUUGUUUAAAAAGCACGGAUACAAACCCGACAUGGUGAUUUUCAACUCAAUGCUCUCCAUUUUCACGAGGAACAACAUGUACGACCAAGCAGAGGGGAUUCUUCAGUCUAUCCGCGAGGACGGGCUAAACCCGGAUCUUGUAACCUACAACAGCCUGAUGGACAUGUACGUAAGAAGAGGAGAGUGUUGGAAAGCCGAAGAAAUCCUCAAGACUCUAGAAAAAUCCCAGUUAAAACCGGACCUGGUCUCUUACAACACGGUGAUCAAAGGUUUCUGCAGAAAAGGGUUGAUGCAAGAAGCGGUUAGGAUGCUGUCUGAGAUGACAGAGCGUGGAAUCAGACCGUGUAUUUUCACUUACAACACGUUUGUUUCGGGUUACACGGCGAUGGGAAUGUAUGGAGAGAUAGAAGAUGUGAUUGAGUGUAUGGCGAAGAAUGAUUGCAGACCAAAUGAGCUGACUUUUAAGAUGGUAGUGGAUGGUUAUUGCAGAGCAGGGAAGUAUAGUGAAGCUAUGGAUUUUGUAUCCAAGAUUAAGACCUUUGAUCCUUGCUUUGAUGAUCAAUCUAUUCAACGGCUUGCUCUCCGACAAAAUCAAAUGGAGUGGGAUAGUGAUUCCGAUCUCAGCGGGGGAGAUGAAGUGGCGGAAGAUGGAUGGUUCGGCGGAGAUAACGGAUCGAUUCCGUUUCCGGUAGGUAGUCUUCCUGGAACGGCGCCGUGUGGUUUUGUGGUCAGCGAUGCUCUUGAACCUGAUAACCCUAUCAUUUAUGUUAACACUGUUUUUGAGAUUGUUACUGGUUAUCGAGCUGAGGAAGUUAUUGGUCGAAAUUGCCGGUUCUUACAAUGUAGAGGGCCAUUUGCUAAAAGAAGGCAUCCAAUGGUAGAUUCUACAAUUGUGACGAAGAUGCGGCAAUGUCUAGAAAAUGGCAUCGAGUUUCAAGGCGAGUUGCUCAACUUUCGGAAAGAUGGAUCUCCCUUGAUGAACAAGCUGCGUCUAGUCCCUAUCCGUGAAGAAGACGAAAUCACUCAUUUCAUAGGCGUUCUCUUAUUCACAGAUGCAAAAAUUGAUCUUGCCCCAUCUCCUGAUUUAUCUGCAAAAGAAAUUCCAAGAAUAUCUCGCUCAUUUACUUCUGCUUUACCAAUCGGAGAGCGUAAUGUUUCUCGUGGACUUUGUGGGAUAUUCGAACUGAGUGAUGAGGUCAUAGCUAUCAAGAUAUUGUCACAGUUGACUCCUGGUGAUAUUGCAUCGGUUGGUUGUGUAUGUCGGCGGCUAAAUGAGUUGACAAAGAAUGAUGAUGUAUGGAGAAUGGUCUGUCAAAACACAUGGGGUACAGAGGCAACACGUGCUCUUGAGAGUGUUCCUGGUGCAAAGAGGAUCGGUUGGGUGCGACUGGCCCGAGAGUUUACCACACACGAAGCAACAGCAUGGAGGAAGUUUUCGGUUGGAGGUACUGUUGAGCCUUCCCGGUGUAAUUUCAGCGCAUGUGCAGUUGGGAACAGGAUUGUUAUCUUUGGCGGGGAAGGUGUAAAUAUGCAGCCGAUGAAUGAUACAUUUGUGUUGGACCUUGGCUCGAGUAGCCCCGAGUGGAAAUCCGUUCUGGUCAGCUCUCCUCCACCGGGGCGCUGGGGUCACACACUUUCUUGUGUCAAUGGAUCCCGUUUAGUAGUGUUUGGAGGUUACGGGAGCCACGGAUUACUCAACGAUGUGUUCUUAUUAGACCUUGAUGCAGACCCGCCAAGCUGGAGAGAAGUAUCCGGAUUGGCCCCUCCAAUACCAAGAUCAUGGCACAGUUCGUGCACACUUGAUGGCACUAAGCUGAUUGUAUCAGGUGGCUGUGCUGAUUCAGGAGCUCUACUCAGCGAUACAUUCCUGCUUGACCUGUCGAUGGAUAUACCGACAUGGAGGGAGAUACCAGUUCCAUGGACCCCUCCAUCUCGCCUCGGACAUACUCUAACCGUCUAUGGUGACCGCAAGAUUCUCAUGUUUGGCGGUCUUGCCAAAAACGGUUCUCUGAGAUUCCGCUCUAACGAUGUAUACACGAUGGAUCUUAGCGAGGAUGAACCGAGUUGGAGACCUGUGAUUGGGUAUGGAUCUAGCCUCCCAGGAGGCAUGGCAGCUCCACCACCAAGGCUGGAUCAUGUGGCAAUCAGCCUUCCCGGUGGUCGAAUCUUGAUCUUUGGUGGUUCGGUUGCAGGGCUUGACUCGGCUUCUCAGCUUUAUCUUCUUGAUCCAACUGAGGAGAAACCGGCAUGGAGAAUACUGAAUGUUCAUGGAGGCCCGCCAAGGUUUGCGUGGGGACACACCACUUGUGUGGUCGGAGGAACUCGGUUGGUCGUCUUAGGUGGUCAAACCGGUGAAGAGUGGAUGCUAAAUGAAGCUCAUGAACUAUUAUUAGCAACGUCUACUACUGCAAGCACUUGAUCAAGUGAUGAAGUUAAUGGCUUUUUAGAUGUUUUGGAGAAAAGAUCUAUACAUUAAUCAAAAACAUGUUCAUAU